AUGAAUUUAAGCGAAACAGAUUCAGAGAAGAUCGACCCAAAAGAGUUGCCCUCAGUGUACUCUUGCCCGCACGAACCAGUCUAUACAUGGAUUUUAACUGAAACGGCCGCCUUCUAUGUUUCAAUCACCACAAAAUCCAUCGCUAGCCCUCUGACUGUAUUGUUAAACGUUUUAAUUAUCGUUGCGGUAUGGAGGAGAAGAGCGUUGCAAAAAAACUCAAACAUUUUGUUAACUAGCAUGGCCGUUGCGGAUCUUCUAGUGGGUGCGGUUUCGAUGCCUCUAACCAUUGCGUCGGAUAUACUUCUCCUCCGUGAGAAGUUGAGCCUUAAAAUUUGUAAGAUUGCAGGUGCAAAUCAAAUAGUGCUUUACAGCGCCGUUAGUUCGUCCUUUUAUCAUUUGACUUUUAUUGCCUGGGAACGCUAUGUAGCGAUAGUAAAGUGGACGAACUACAAGAACAUUAUCACAAAAACCCGCCUCAAAAUUUGCGCAGUGGUGGCGUGGGUGCUUGCUGCUAUAGCGGCUAUUGUUGUACCUAUCUUAAGCGUUGCUGAGGUCGAUCAGAAGGUCAUAGCUGGCUUGAGUAUUUUUUCUGGUAGUAAGACGGUGCUUUGUGUCGCCAUUAUCGGUUAUUGCUACAUUACGCUUUACCUCUAUGUGCGUAAACGAAAAAAUAACGAGAUCAACGAAGUUUCUGUGCGAGCAAACGCCAAGCUGGAGAAGUCCAUCGCCAAAGCGACUGGCACAGUUACAGCGGUUUUGCUAGUCUCCUAUGUCCCGUCAAUCAUCGCUCUUUUGUUGGGAGAUGCUGUUCCUGUCCUUCGUACAAGCUCAUAUUUUCGUUGGUCGGAGUUGUUGAUUCAGAUGAAUUCCUUUUUCAACCCAAUAGUCUACUGCUUCGCGAUGAAUCGCACCUUCAGAAACGAGGUUCUUGAGAUGAUUAACCUGAACUCUGUACUACAGCUUGAAUUACGUCCCAAGUUACCUGUAAAACGGCCUACCAGGAGAAGACGUGAACCGGCUGUGGUCUCAGAAGAAGAAAACCAGCUUCACGGAGAAAGACAACUGCCUGACCGCCUUGCCAGACGUAGGUCAUGUGAUUCAAUUGAGCUCGCUGACCUUCGUGCGAUCAACAGUUCUCCAUCCCCAACGUCUGAAGAUCGCCGAGUCGUCUUUGUCGAUGUGCACCAGCCCAGUUUCAAAAGGAGAAAGCCACUGUUUCUUCAGUUUACUGGUAACCCCAAUGAAAGCAAUCCAAGUCAAAGUGAAAAUAGAGGCGACGAGAGCUCUCUUCCCACCAGUGAGCCAUCAGAGCUGACAAGCAUCGCCCUACCUGGUAAAGAGAACCGGGCCAUCUCAGUCCAUGAAGAUCAAGCUAUACUCAGCAAGCAGAAACCCCAAUUUCGAUACACUGGCGAGUCCACAGAUAAGAACCGUGUCAAAACUGAGGACGAAAAUGAUUUUGUUAAAGAUUCCCGUGAUGCUGAUGUUAUAAGAGAAAGGUCCUGGCCUCGCCGAGUCCCUCUUGAGCUUACGCCUGUUUUAGGCCGGCGAAAUAUUCAACUGAAAGGGGAGAGUAUUAAUCGUCCAAAAACACGAUAACGUCAGAAGUAAAACUAAUGCAGUUAAUUAAAUAGAGGAUAUUACACGGUGGCGCGAAGAUAUGAAUUUUAUUUUCGAGUGGCAAAACAAUAUUUUACGAACGAGC